AACCUUAUCUCUUUCUCCUACCCACUCUUCCAUCCAAGCCAAGAACCAAGUUCAAACAAGAUAACAUGGAAUCUAUUUAUACUUGUCUUUCUAUAAAUUAGUGCUUCUCAUUCCUUUCUGUACCUUGUUAUUAUUGUUUUUUCCAAGUUUGAGACCUACACAACAACAAGAGCUUCAUCUCUUGCUCUUUCUUUCUUGCUUUGGGCUUUCAUUGUUUUGCAAGAAUGGGAGAAGGUAUGAAGAAUAAUGAGUCCUUUUCUAGUGACUCUGAUGAUUCAAUCUUGUCAACCUCAUCAGAGCUCACAGAGGAAGAAGAUGACACUGCUUCCACUACUAUUGGUCCUAACUUUGAGUUGUCUUCUCUCAUGGAUCAAUUACCCAUCAAGAGAGGGCUGUCAAAGUAUUAUCAAGGGAAAUCCCAAUCCUUUACAUCACUGUCCAAUGUGAGAUAUUUGGAGGACCUGCCUAAAAAGGAGACACCUUAUCAGAAAAAGAAGAUGAAGCCAAGCAAGAGUUAUGGAGGAGGGUUGGAUCUUGGCCAAAAGCCAUUAAAUUAUUCAUUGGGGCCUUGUAGUAAGGCUUAUAUAAACAAGAAGAGUGGUCUUAGGAGAAGCAGUAAUAACCUUCUCUUUUGUAACAAACCUCCUCAUCCUACUCCUCAUGCAUCUCUUCAUAAGAACUUGUGAAUUUUUUCUUUUUCUUUUUUCUUGGUGCUAGUUUGUAUGAGAUGUAAAGCAGGAGAAUGAAUGGAAUUACACUAGAUUUAUUGACAAUAUGUUUGGAGA